AUGCUGAGUGUCGAAGCAGAAGGCAGAUUUGUGGUGAAGGUCAGGGGCUUGCCUUGGUCGUGCUCGGCCAGUGAUGUCCAAAACUUCUUCUCAGGCUGCAGAAUUCGAAAUGGGGUGGCAGGAAUUCACUUCAUGUAUACCAGAGAGGGGAGACCAAGUGGAGAGGCAUUUGUGGAGCUCGAGUCUGAAGAAGAGAUCGAACUGGCUCUGAAAAAACACAAAGAGACCAUGGCGCACAGAUACGUGGAAGUGUUCAGGUCCAACGGUGUGGAGAUGGAUUGGACCCUGAAGCGCACUGCUCCCAGUAGUCCUGACCCUGCAGGCGAUGGCUACGUGCGCCUUAGAGGGCUCCCAUUUAACUGUAACAAGGAAGACAUCGUCGAAUUUUUUUCAGGGUUGGAAAUCAUGCCGAAUGGAAUAAUGCUGCAGGUAGACUUCCGAGGGAAGAACAGCGGGGAAGCCUUCGUGCAGUUUGCGUCACAAGAGAUUGCUGAAAAGGCCUUAAAGAAACACAAGGAGAAAAUGGGCCACAGGUAUAUUGAAAUCUUCAAAAGCAGCCAGGCAGAAGUUCACACUCAUUAUGAUCUGCCUCAGAAGAAAAGGGUGAGGCAGCGUCCAGGCCCUUACGACAGACCUCCGACCGGCAGAUACUAUGGCAGCCUCGGGAGAGGAGCGGGGCUUGAGGGAAUGAGGUACGGUGCCCACGAAAUCAUGUACGGAGGCUACGAAGACUACGUUGGAUACAGUAAUGACUAUCACUUUGGGAGAGACCCCAGGUACUUUUUUGCCGUGUCUGGCGACAGCUACGGAUCCGGCUGGUCUACCUUCCAGAGUCCUGCGGGCCACUUUGUGCACAUGAGAGGGCUACCUUACAAAGCUACUGAAAAGGAUAUCUAUGACUUUUUCUCACCACUCAAACCUGUGGGAGCUUACAUUGAGGUUGGAGCUGAUGGCAGAGUGACUGGAGAAGCGGAUGUGGAGUUCGCUACUCACGAAGAUGCUGUGGCAGCCAUGUCAAAAGACAAAGCAAAUAUGCAGCACAGAUACAUAGAACUCUUCCUCAAUUCUGUAGCAGCAGCAGACAGUGGUGUUUAUGAUCCCCUAAUGAUGGGGGGCAUGGGCUUGUCAAACCUGCCUGGUUAUGGCAGUCCAUCUGGUCAGGAGCUGAAUGAGGCUUCUGGAGGAGCCUACGAUGGGCAGAUCAGCAUGAGCAAAAGUGAUCAAGUUUUACAGGAAAACUCCAAUUUUUCAACCACAUAUUGCAUAGAAAACCAAGGAGAGAUGAACAACAGCUACAACAAUUGGGAGAGCUCUGUUUCUGUGGGAAUGGAUAGAAUGGAAGAAAUAACAGGCAUGUCCAGUAUGGGAAGUAACUCACUAAUGUACCCUCAUUAUUGACUC